AUGGCAGCAACACAGACAAAACACACCAGCUUCACAUCAACAUUGCUUUUACUUGCAGCCAUGGCAAGUUUAGUUAGUGCUGGAAGGCUUGUAGAAACCAAGAUGACAAUGUAUUUUCAUGGUUUCUCAAGCGGCCCUAAUGCUACAGUCGUCGCAGUUGCAGGCAUAACUGGUAAGCACUGGUCUUUCACGCAAUUCGGAACAGUCUUAGUCACGGAUGAUCCUAUAACUGUAACCCCUGACAUAAGGUCAGCCCCGGUUGGGCGAGCUCAAGGCAUGUAUGCAACUGCGGGCUUGGAUGGAAUUAACUCGCAGGUUAUGAUGUCAAUUGUGUUCACCAAUAGGGUUUAUGGUGGAAGUACGCUGGAGAUACAAGGCACUAGCAAGCAAUUUGACAAGGUUAGAGAACUUUCAGUCGUCUCGGGUACUGGAAGGUUCAGAUACGCAAGAGGAUAUGUUACAUUUGAGACAUAUUUCGUGGACAAAGCCUCUGUUUACUCAGUUGUUAGGUGCAACAUUUCUGUGCUACAUUACUAG